AAAGGGCAGCGCCAUCGAGCUCAGAAGGCAGACCAUCCUCGAGCGGCUCCACUUCGGGUUCAGGGACCCGUGCUACCACAAGCGCAUCACCGAGGGCGAACCUGGAGAGCAGAUCUGGCUGCUACCACACUCCGAGCAGAGCGACUGGGAGACCAACCACCACAGCGCCGACCCCUCCGAGUUCGUCUUCGACUUCAUCAAAUCGAUGGAGUAUCGCCUCUGGGGCGAUGCAAGUCGGCGCCCCAACGGCGAAGAGCUCCAGCGUGGAGGCCCCGACGUCCACAUCGUUGGUCGCGAGAUGGAGAAGCACGCCAAGUAUGGCCAGUCCGACCAGGGAGUCCUCAACCUAUGCGAGGUGGCUGGUGCGCAGUGGCCGAGGAGGCGGCUGCAGGAGGCGGGGCACGACGCCAGCACCAUCUGCCCAAGGUGCGGCGAAGCGGAGGAGUCUCCCACGCACCGCGCCUGGCUACGCAAGCGCAACCACGGCCACGAGGAGUACGACAAGUAUGACGCCCUGUUACC